CGAUCAAUCAAUUCUUACAUGACUAAACCAUCAUUUAUGCCCAAAGAAACCUGUGAAAUAAACCUGCAGCAUUGCAAUUCUUAAUUCUUGUUAUCUCAUGGCUCUAAUGUUUUCUUCUCACAAUCUUCCUCUCCAUCUUAAUUAUAACAAAACCCCUUCUGCUUUUCAAUCUCAAAUCAUACCUUCAUCAAAACCCAACAUACACUUCCUCCAAUUCCCAUCAAUUCAGUGUUCCUCAAGUUCCAACAACAAAACCAGCAGCAACAUCAACCUCAGAACUUGCAAGAACUGCAAAACCCAAUUUGACCCUCAACUCAACCACCCUCUUGCUUGUCGAUUUCAUACUGCCCAUUUUGGAGGAGAAACUAAGAGAAAGUUUGAAAGUGUGCAUGAAGGGGGAACCAUGAACACUCCUGGCUCUGGCAAAGUUCUUCAGUAUUGGCAUUGUUGUGGAUCUGAAGAUCCAUUUGAUAUCGGUUGCACCGCUUCUCCUCACUCCUCAUAUGAUGACUGAUUUAGAUGCCAUGAAUCUGUGAUUCACUUUCUCUGUUGAGGAUUCUUUUUGCUAAAUAUAGUUUCUGAGCUCUUGUAAAAAAACCUUUAUUCAACAGUUUCUGAAAACAUGAAUUCUUUGUUGUAAACAAUUGCACAAGUAUGAGAGUCCUCAAAUCUAUUGCUCAGUCCAAAUACUUGGUUUUCCAUUCA